CCCAGAAUCUGCUUCUGUGAAUGAAUUCCAGAAAAAGUUCAAAUUAAAUCUGAUGAAGAAGUUUGAGUGUUUGAAUGGAGUGAUAAUAAACCUGGGAAACCAAACACUCCUGAAUGAGAUCUACACAGAGCUCUACAUCACAGAGGGAGAUAGUGGAGAAGUCAAUAAAGAACAUGAGGUGAGACAGAUCGAGGCAGCAUCCAGGAGAACAACAACAGAGGAAACACCAAUCAAAUGCAACGACAUCUUUAAGCCCUUAUCUGAACAAGACGAACCCAUCAGAACUGUGCUGACAAAGGGACUCGCUGGCAUCGGAAAAACAGUCUCUGUGCAGAAGUUCAUUCUGGACUGGGCUAAAGGGAAAGCAAAUCAGGACAUCCACCUCAUAUUUCCACUUCCUUUCAGAGAGCUGAAUCUGAUGAAGGACCAGAAACUGAGUCUGAUGGAGCUCCUUCAUGUCUGUUUUAAUGAAACAAAAGAAACAGAAAUGUCCAGUUUGGAAAAGGUUCUGUUCAUUUUUGACGGAUUGGACGAGUGUCGUUUUCCUCUAGAUUUCCAGAAGACAGUGAGAGUGUGUGAUGUAACUGAAUCAGCAUCAGUGCAUUUGCUGCUGAUAAACCUGAUCAAAGGGAAUCUGCUUCCCUCUGCUCUCAUCUGGAUCACCUCUCGACCAGCAGCAGCUGAUCAAAUCCCCUCUGAGUGUGUCCAUCGAGUCACAGAGGUACGAGGGUUCAAUGACCCACAGAAGGAGGAGUACUUCAGGAAGAGGAUCAGUGAUCAGAGCCUGGCCAAUAACAUCAUCACAUACCUGAAGUCAUUAAGAAGCCUCUACAUCAUGUGCCACAUCCCAGUCUUCUGCUGGAUUUCAGCCACUGUUCUAGAGAGAAUGUUGGGAGAAGCAGAGAGUGGAGAGAUCCCCAAGACUCUGACUCAAAUGUACACACACUUCCUCAUCAUUCAGACAAACAUCAUAGGAGAAAAGUACUCAAAGAAGCAGGAGAGUGAUGAAGAAAUGCUUCUUAAACUGGGACAACUGGCUUUUGAGCAGCUGAAGAAAGGGAACCUGAUCUUCUAUGAGGAAGACCUGAGAGAGUGUGGUAUUGAUGUGACAGAAGCAGCAGUGUACUCAGGUGUGUGUACGCAGAUCUUCAGAGAGGAGUUUGGGCUUCACCAGAGUAAAGUGUACUGCUUUGUACAUCUGAGCAUUCAGGAGCACCUCGCAGCUCUGUAUGUGCACCUGACAUUCAUGAUGGAAAAGAGAGAUGUUCUUGAUCAUAAUCAGGUCUCUAAAUGGUGGAUGGAAAAAAUUACAAUCUCAGAUGUACACAAGAGUGCUGUAGAUCAGACUUUACGCAGUCAGACUGGACAUCUGGAUCUUUUCCUUCGAUUUCUUCUGGGUCUCUCAGUGAAGUCCAAUCAGAAACUCAUACAGGACUUAGUAACACAGACAGGAAGUAGUUCCCAGAGCAUAGAGGAAACAGUUCAGUACAUUAAGAUGAAGAUCAGUGAAGAUCUUCCUACAGAGAAAUCCAUCAAUCUGUUCCACUGUCUGAAUGAACUGGGUGAUAAUUCUCUAGUGGAGGAAAUGCAACACUACCUGAAAUCUGGAAAACAAAGUGAAUUCUCCUCUUCACAGUGGUCUGCUCUGGUGUUUGUGUUACUGACAUCAGCACAGGAGCUGGAAGAAUCUGACCUGAAUAAAUAUACCAGUACAGAUACGAUACCAGAAACUGUUCUUCUGAAGAUGAUGCCUGUGAUUGCAGCCUCCAGAAAAGCAAUUAUCAGGUGUGAUUCACUUGGAGUGAGAAGUUGGUCAGCUCUGGUCUCAGCACUCAUCUCAGAAACCUCCAAUCUGAGAGAACUGCAUCUGACUGUGAAAACACUGGAUCUGACUGGGAAUGAACUAGGAGACUCAGGAGUGAAGAGUCUCUGUGCUGUACUGGAGAAUCCUCACUGUAAAGUGGAGACACUGAGGUUGUGUAAGUGUGGUGUUUCAGAUGAAGGCUGUGCUGCUCUGACUUCAGCUCUGAGAUCAAACCCCUCACACUUGACAGAACUGCAUCUGUCCUAUAAUAAACUAGGAGACUCAGGAGUGAAGAGUCUCUCUGCAGUACUGGAGAAUCCUCACUGUAAACUGGAGAUACUGAGGUUGUAUAAUUGUGGUGUCUCAGAUGAAGGCUGCGCUGCUCUGACUUCAGCUCUGAGAUCAAAUUCCUCACACUUGAGACAAUUGAAUCUAUCUGAGAAUGAACUAGGAGACUCAGGAGUGAAGAGUCUCUCUGCUGUACUGGAGAAUCCUCACUGUAAACUGGAGAUACUGAGGUUGUAUAAGUGUGGUGUCUCAGAUGAAGGCUGUGCUGCUCUGACUUCAGCUCUGAAAUCAAACCCCUCACUCCUGAGAGAACUGAAUCUAUCCUGUAAUAAUGUAGGAGACUCAGGAGUGAAGAGUCUCUCUGCUGUACUGGAGAAUCCUCACUGUAAACUGGACACACUGUGGUUGAGUGGUUGUGGUGUAUCAGAUGAAGGCUGUGCUGCUCUGACUUCAGCUCUGAGAUCAAACCCCUCACACCUGAGAGAACUGGAUCUGUCUGAUAAUAAAAUAGGAGACUCAGGAGUGAAGCUGCUCUAUGCACUUAAGGAUGAUAAACAUUACAAACUACAGACACUGAGGGUGGGAUGAACAUCUGUGUGUGUGUGUGUGUGUGUGUGUGUGUGUGUGUGUGUGUGUGUGUGUGAUGAAGACUCCAGUGUUCCUGCAUUUCACUGUUGGGGAAUAGAGGACACAUUUAUAAACACAUCACUCAUUUAAUUAUAACACAUUAAACAGACUCAGAGAUGUGAGAAGUGUGUGUUCAUCAUGCACAGUGAAUCAGACUGCACACGAUUCUACACUGAGUGUAUAAUGACCUCUGACCCCUGGAUAAAAUUCCCCAGAUCUCAGUCUCAUAAAACACCUGAGGAAUUAUUAGGAACAGCAGGUGAAAAAACACAUGACCUCGAGCUAAACCCAGACAGUGGAAGAGAGCUAAAAUGGACAGGAACAGUUUCAAGACAUUGGUGGAAUUCUCACCUGACAGGAUUGGCAUCUGAGGAGUUUAUCUGAGGAGUUUAUCUGAGGAGUUUAUCUGAUGAAGCCUCUAGGAGACUCACUAUAAUCACAUUUAUCACUUUGUCCUUUGGUUAAUUAAUGUAGCAGUGGUGUUGUACUAAAUAUAAAUACUCUUGGAAAGCUGCUUGUACAAUAUAAUUAAUGGACCUAACUAAGAACUAACUGUUGCAUUAUAUAGUUUUAAUGGUUUGUGAUUCUUCUGUGUUUGUGAUAAAUAUUUGUUUAAUAUUGUAAUAUGUUUUACUAUCUUUACACAUUCAUAGUAAAGCUGGAUGCAUAAUUAAAAUUAUAUUGUAUUUAAGCACUUAAAAUGUAUUGCCUAAUUGUACAAAUCAAAUAUAUUUUUUGAGAAAUAAAAUACAUAACUGUGCAAUGCUAUUAUUUUUGUUGUUUAAAAUUAACUUGAGAAUUUAACAGGAAUUUUGUAGCAAAAUAAUUUUUUAACAGUUCUUCAAAAAUAAAUUUCUGUUUCCGAGUUCUGUUUAACUCAGCAAUGUUAGAGUGGACCUUUUUGAGGAGACUCAACUGGGAAUGAGUGUAUAUGAGUACAAACACCUUCUUUCUGUUGUGUAUCUUUUUACAUGCUUCCCUCUCUCAUCUUUUCAAGCAGGUCAGCGGUGGAAUGUGUACAUUGUAGACUGGUUUUUGAAUAAUUGAGAGCUUACUUAAAUAAAAUGCCUUGUACAUCCUAACCUUUUCACCUUUUAAUUCUGUGUUUUACUGUACAAUAAUUGUUCUUCUGUAUCAGCCAGCACUUUUCUCCACAGCAAUAAAUUGGCAUUAGAUUUUCACUUUUGUAAGUGAUUGGUAACUUUUGUAAG